UUCUCCAUGACAGAGGUACACGUCCUUUACCACUUUCAAUCCCAGGAGUUUCUUCCUUCAACACCGCCUGGCUUUCCAUAUCCAGCAAGAAGAAUAAAGAAAAGGCUCACCAGUGGAGGGCUUCUGAGAAUGAAUCCAAACACAUCAGCUUUGGGGACACAAGUCACAACAACAAAAGGAAAAGAUGGAGGCAUUCCUGGAACUUUCAGCGAAAAGGACCUGGUCCCCAACUUGGUGAUCAUUGUCUCUGCGCUGGUUGGACUUGCAGGAAAUUCGGUCGUGCUCUGGCUCCUGGGUUUCCGCAUGCACAGGAACACCUUCUCCGUCUACAUCCUCAACCUGGCAGCAGCCGACCUCCUCUUCCUCCUCUGCCACUUUAUAGAUUCCCUGCUGGUACUCGUCAAAUUUUUCCAUUCCGACAUCUUCUUCCUUCCCUUCUAUAAGACCGUGAUGAUGUUUCCCUACAUCACAGGCCUGAGCAUGCUGAGCGCCAUCGGCACCGAGCGCUGCCUGUCUGUCCUGUGUCCCAUCUGGUACCGCUACCGUCGCCCUAAGCACACAUCAGUCACCGUGUGCGUCCUGCUCUGGGUCAUGUCCCUGCUGAUAUGCGUUCUGAACAAGUCUUAUUGUGGUGUGAUGAAUAUCGACAGGAAGAGUGACCAGUGUCUGAAGGCCAAUUUUUUCACUGCCGCAUGCGUGGCUCUUUUAGUUCUGAUUCUCUGUGGGUCCAGCCUGGCCCUGCUGGUCAGAUUUUUGCUUGGCCCCCGCCAGAUAAAGCUGUCCAGGCUGUAUGUGACCAUCCUGCUCACGCUGCUUGUCUUCUUUCUCUGUGGCCUGCCCUUAGGCAUCUACUGGUUCGCAUUAAUCUGGAUUCAUGAUAAUUUUGGUAAUAAUUUGCAUUACGGUCUUUACCUGGCUUCGGUUGUCCUGUCCUCUGUGAACAGCUGCUCCAACCCUGUCAUUUAUUUUUUUGUUGGCGCCUUCAGGCAACAGCUGAAUAAACAAAGUUUGAAAAUGCUUCUGCAGAGGGCUCUGCAGGACACCCCUGAGGAGGAUGGAAGUGGAGGCCGUGGUGCUCAGGGAACCCUGGAGAUGUCCGAGAGCAGAGAAGAGUAAAGAUGAAGGCCUCUGCCCGACCCGGAUGGGGCUCUCCGAGUACCUCCCAGCCACUCAUGACUACUCUCUGCUCUGCUCCCAGCCUCAGGCCUCUGAAAUGCUUCAGUGAUUUCUCAGUGACUUAAAACACAUUUUCUAGUUUUCCUGACUGAAAAAUCAUUAGUUUGAAAGGAGACUGUGUCUUUCUUGAUAUUAUCAACUUCUCAUGUGGACUUUCUCUGAAUCAAAUAGAAUGGUGUUCUUGCAGUAGUAAG